GCGAUGGCCGCUCGAUAUACAUUAUUUUGAUUUCAGAUGUAAACAAAGAAUUCGGUAAAUUUUAGGGGGUCGUAACGGAAGUGCUUGAUAUCCGAAAGUGAUAGCAUGGAUCCAGACAACGGACCGGAAACACAACGAGCUCUCAGUUUGCAAUGGAAAAGCUAUAAGCUUGUCCAGGACCCUGCGAUCCGAAGGGUUGCUCAGAAAAUAUACAGAUAUGAUGGAGUGCAUUUCAGUGUGCCGGACGCUGGGUUUCCCCCAGUGGGAGACCUACGUGACCCAAGACCUCGAAGGAUCUGGUCCAGACACACAGAGCUAACCCUUCCAGUACCUAAGUUGAAGCUGGAUGAGUUCUACGUGGGUCCUAUCCCCCUCAAGGAGGUGACCUUUGCUCGUCUCAAUGACAACAUCAAGGAGCCCUUCCUCGCAGAGAUGUGCUCCAAGUUUGGAGAGGUGGAGGAGAUGGAGAUACUGUUUCAUCCCAAGACUCGGAAGCACCUGGGUCUGGCCCGAGUGCUUUUCACCAACACCAGAGGCGCAAAAGACACAGUGAAGCACCUGCACAACACUUCUGUCAUGGGCAACAUAGUACAUGCUCAGCUAGACAUUCAAGGCCAGCAGAGGACAAAAUAUUACGACCUCAUAGUGAGCGGAUCGUACACGCCGCAGACUGUGCCUCUUGGAGGAAAGGCUCUGACAGAGAGACUCCAGCCCGCGGCCCCCCCCCAGCCUGACACAUCGUCAGAUAUCAGACGGAGGCUCUCGUCAGAUCUUCCCGCCGUGACAGGUGCUCCCGCUCUCACCCCUGGCAGUGUCACCCCAUGCUCCGUCGACACCGGCUUCAGCGAGCAGCGCCUGGACACGCCCCCUUCCUCCAUGGGCGGACCCUACACCCCUGGUUCCUCGGUGUCUUCCCAAGGUGGAGGAACACCCUACACGCCACGCUCGGGGACGUCCUUCUUACAAGACUCAGGCUACGCCGUGUCCAGGCAUGGCUAUAAUGCUGGCUAUCCUUCCCAGGACAUGUUACCCUCUUCCUCGUGUUCCUCCUCCGCAGUGUCCUCCUCAGUUGGGGGAUACAAGGUGUCUCGUUACCCAGACGAUCCUCAAGAUCCCUCAGGGUACCAUAAAGGUCGGUCCACGUACGCCCCCUUCCGUCCCAACGAGCCCCCGGGUUACUCCACACACCCCAACGCUGGGGGGGUCGGACACUUGACUCACCAUCUCGGGAUGCCACCGCCACCCUCUGGGCCGCAGUAUGAGCAGCCGUCCCUGUCAGACAGGGAGCGGGAGAGGGACCGGGACCGGGAACGAGACUCUGGGCGCUACGGCGCGGGCGGGAUCAGUUCCAGGAGGUCGUCUUACCACGGCCACACGCAGGAGGCCAACGCCUCGUCCAAGUCCUCGUACCACUCCCAUCACUCUCACCACCACUCAGAGCGCAGGGAGGAGAGAGGCUACAGGCGGGACAGCCUGGGCUCCCGCUCCAGCGACCACGGCCACCAGAGACACCGCAACCACCACCACUCUCACAAUCAUCACAGCGGCAGCGGCGGCAGCAGCGGCAGUGGGGGGCGGCGGAGAAGCAGUCACGACAGGGACAGGGAGCGCGACAGAGACAGUGACUACUCUGGCAACUCGGAUCCCAGGUUCAAUUCCAACUCCCACCGGUCCUCCUCAAACAGCAUGUCCCCUCCUCCCUCCUCGUACCCCGCCCACUCCUCAGCCAAAGACCCCGCCCCUCCGCCUUCUCACGACCCGCCCGUCUCCUCCCGCCUGGGGGGGGCCAGCGCAGGGGAGAGGGCAUCUGGGCCGGGGGUGGGUGCCGACAAAGACUAUCAGACACUACACCACACUCCUCUGCCGCCUCCCCCUCCUCCCCCACCGCCUCCACUCCCCCCAGCCUCCGUCAUCGCAGCGGCUGUAGCCGAGACACUCGGUGCCCUGGACUUUGGCCAAGAGAGCCCAGUUAGGGAGGAGCAGUGGACCAAGCCCAAACGCCGGCCCAGCACUCCGCCCCCACCUCCUCAGACCCCUCCUCCGUCCUCUCCUCCCCAUUCCUCCAUCGCCUCCUCCUCAACCUCUCCCUCGUCCACCUCCCUCCCUCACCAUCUUCCGGCCUCCUCCGUUUCCCUCUCUCCGCCCCCUGCGCAGCGGGACUCCUCCUCCCCAGAGCCAGACACUACCAACGAGAGCCUGCCGUUUGUCUACCACAGCAGCAGCCUCGACUCGCGUAUCGAGAUGCUCCUGAAAGAGCAGAAGGCCAAGUUCUCCUUCCUGGCGUCGGACGAGGAUGAGGAGGAGGACAGGAAGGAGGAGCGGCAGAAAGAGAAAGCCGCGGCGAGAGAGGGAGGAGAGCGAAGGAAAGGGAAGGGAGAGGCGGCGGCGGCGGCUGGGGAGAAGAAGAGCGGCGAGAGAGAGGUGGACGGAGAUAAGGACAGACGCCGGAGGCAGGGAGACUCGGAGGGAGGCCCGCGGAGGAGAGGAGAGCGAGAGCGAGAAGGCCGCAGAGGGAGGAAACACGGUGCAGGUGCCGAUGGGAGGAAGAGUCCUCCUGUUGUGGCGCCAGCCACACCCUCCUCCUCCUCAACCUACUCCCCUCACGUCCCUGCCUCAGAAGACCCCCUGGCCCAGAACAGCCUGCCUGGGCCAGGCCAGCUGCAGGACCAGUCUCCACAGCCGCCGUCAGCUGACCCACGCACCAGGCAGGGGGCACGCACACCUCCUCACAACGGACAGACGUCUCCUCACUCCUCAGGAGAAGACAUGGAGAUUUCUGACGAGGAGGACGAGAACCCAAUCCCAGCAGUGAGCACCCACCUCCCCACCCCCUCGUCCGCCUCCUCCCCGUCCUCGUCCCAGGGUGCCCUGCCCUCUAAAACGGCCGACCCCUCAUCCUCCCCGCCGCCCAUCUCCGACUCCACGCAGCACUUUGGCACCUCCAUGCCCCCUCCGCCCAUCCCCUCCUACCUCCCUCCUCCCCCUGGGUUCUCCCUCCAGCCCCCGCCGCCCCCAGGCAUCCCCCCACCUCUCGCUCACAUGGAGCUGCACUCGGAGUACCCCCCUCCCAUGCCCCCGCACAUGUACGACUACGCCAGCUCCAUGGAGCUGAUGAACCAGUACAGCGGUGGAACCCCCAUGUCCUUCCAGAUGCAGACCCAGAUGCUCAGCCGACUGCACCGCAUGUCCUCCGCCAACGGCACCGCCGCCCCCGGCGAGGCCCUCCCGACAGACUACCCCUCCUCCUACCACCUCCACGCCAUGCCCCCUCCCCCACACCCGCACCACCCGUACAUGGACCAAGAAGGAGGCGGGGCUGCUGGCCACUACGACCAGGAUCACCGCUACAUGCCCCCUCACAUGCCCUACACUUACCCAGACCCCCACGGCUCUCAGAUCCCACCCCCUCCCCACCACGGCAUCCCCCCUCCGCUCACAUCCUGGGCUCACCACUACCCGUACCCUUCCUACAUGCCCCCGCCCGGCUACGGGACAAUGCCACCCGGGGAGGGAGAUGCACCCUACGGGGAGGCGGGUGACCAGAUGCCCCUGCUGGCAGAGAGCCCACACGAGGCUACUGUUCAGCUGGUGCUGGCCACUCUCAUCCAGGAGAUGAAGAACAUCAUGCAGAGGGACCUGAACCGAAAGAUGGUGGAGAACAUCGCCUUUGCCACCUUUGAUGAGUGGUGGGAACGUAAGGAGACCAAGGCUAAGGUAAGGAAGGAGCCUUUCCAGACCAUGGUCAGGGGGGUUUCGGCUCUGCGGGACGAUGAGAAGAAGGAGGAGAAGGACAAGGCCAGCAAGCCCCGCGAGCCUCUGCUGUCUCUGGUGGACUGGGCCAAGAGUGGAGGCAUGGAGGGCUUCUCCCUACGAGGGGCGCUACGCCUGCCCUCGUUCAAGGUGAAGAGGAAAGAGCCUCAGGAGCUGGGAGAUGGAGGAGAGAUGAACAUGAAAAGGCCUUCCACCCCACCGGAGGAUGAUGACGAAGGCGCAGACGGCAGAAGGGCAGAGGGAGAAGGGAGCAGGACGGAGAGAGACCGCAGGAGGAGGAGGAAGAAGCACAGGAGCAGGAAGCCCUGGGACCUGGACAGUGAAGGAGAAGAGACCUCGGACGGCUCCUCCUCCGAGAAGGAUGAUGAGAGUGGAAAGGAAUCUGAAGAUGAGGCUCUGAGUGCAGACAGCGACGAUGAGAGCCUCUCCUCCUCCUCUGGGAGUUCCUCUUCCUCCUCCUCCUCCUCCUCCUCCUCCUCUUCAUCCGAUGAGGAGGAUGGAGAGUUGGCCGGGGAAAGCGAGGGUUUGGACACCAUGGAUGAGUCCACAAUGGACAGCACGGCCCUGGAUGCAGAGAAGGAGCAUUACAGAGAAAAGGGCCGCAUCCGUUUAGCACCCUCAGGUGCUGUUCUCAAGGAUCCCCUCAGCGCACAGGUCAAAGCAGGGGACAAUUUGGACAAGACUGGAAUAGCAAAAGCACCCAGCAUUCGCCCUCCAUCCCCCCCAGGACCACGUCCUUCCUCCCCCAUUGUUCUCGUGCCCCCCCUCAAGAAACGCAGGAAGACCGUGUCUUUCUCCACAGAGGACGGCGAUUACAAAAUGCCCAUGCCAACAGCCCCCCUCUCCCCAUCACCCUCCGUGCCAGCUCAGUCUCCCCUCCUCUCCCCCGUCAAGGCCCUGCCUCCAGACUCCAUCCUCACUGCCUCUCCUCCGGCUCAGUCCUCCAAGUCCAUCCGCCUUCUCCCCUUCGCCUCCAAACCGGGCGAAGGCAACGCCCUCUCCCCGUCCUCCCCUGCUUCUGUUCUCACUGUGUCCCCCUCCCUCUCUGUACGCUACGACGACUCCAAAAAGAGUCCCAAGUCCCCCUCCAGACGGGGGGCGGGCAAGGACUCGGCCAAGCCCUCUGCCCCUCCCGUUCUGGUGUGCCGCACUGUGCAGAACCUCCCCCUGGACCACGCCUCCAUGGUCAGGAUGGCUUUCGAGGAGCCCCCACCACCACCCCCCGUCCAGAAAAGACCCCGAGGCCGUCCUCGGACAGUCAGCUUGUCGGCUCCCGCUUCCUCCCACCCUCACACCCUCAACGAGGAGGAUGAGGAUGAGGAGGAGCGGGAGCAGAGGCUGAGACUCAGGGAGCAGCUGGGGGCCUCCAGCCUGCUACAGCUGGCCUCCGCCCCCACGGCAGACCUGGCCGUGCUGGCCCACGUGGCCCUGAAGCUGGACCCCGAGGCCGGCGACUCGGAGGAGACGGAAACGUCAGACGAGGCUGAGGAGCAGAAGAUGGAGGAGGACAUGUUGCUGUUGUCCCCCGAGCCCCUCUCCCUGGUCAUGGACCCAGAGGGCCUAACCGUCCUGCACGAGCACAACUACUCCAGAGGCCCCGCCCACCUGGCCCCAGCCCCCAGGAAGUCCUUGUCUGUGCUGCUGCCUGCAGACCUCAACCACCCCGCCAUCUCCGGGGUGCUGGAGGCUCCAGAGGAAGUCAUCGGAGAGGCCGUGGCCCCCAGGGGAGAGGCUGCAGAGCUGCUGUCUGGGAUGGGUCUGCUGUGUGAGGCCGGAGACGGGGCCAAGGCCUCAGCUCUGGCCUCCACGCACAAGAAGAAGGGCGUGGGCGCUCGGGAGCUCGAACUCGAUAAGACGAAGAACAAGAAGCGGAAGAGGAAAGAUAAAGAAAACGUUGAGCUGCAACCCACGAAAAAGCAGAAGGAACAGCAGGGCAAGAAACCGAGAAAGAGGAAACAAGAGGAGUCUGACCUGGAGGUGGACGUGGAGGAGCUGGAGCCAGGCGAGCUGUCCAGCACGGACGAGGAGGACGAGGACUUUGACGACCUGAGGAAGAGCGAGCGUCUCUUCCUCCAGGAGGCCGGCUUGACGUCGUCCCAGCGCUGGCCCAAACCCACCCCGGCUCCCCAAACCCCUCUCAUCACCUACGACCAGCGCAGCGAGUUUGAGCAGAUGACCAUCCUGUACGACAUCUGGAACUCUGGCCUGGACAUGGAGGACCUGAGUCUGCUUAAGACCACCUAUGAGAAACUGCUGCAGGACGACCACAGCACGGACUGGCUCAACGACACCCAUUGGGUCCACCACACUGUUACCAACCUCCCGAACCCUCGGCGGAAGAAGAAGAACCCAGACGGGCAGCUGAGGGAGCACGUGACAGGAUGUGCCAGGAGCGAGGGCUACUACGCCAUCAGCCGCAAGGAGAAGGACGUGUACCUGGACCUGGACCUGCCAGAGCAGGCCAUCCUGGAGGCCCAGGAGAACAUGGACAGCUCUGGUACUAACCGGCUGCUCUCUGAGAGGCGCUCUGAACAGCGCCGACUCCUCACAGUUAUCGGCACGCCGGCGGUGAUGGACUCCGACCUGCUGAAACUCAACCAGCUCAAGUUCCGUAAGAAGAAGCUUCGCUUUGGGCGCAGUCGGAUUCAUGAGUGGGGCCUGUUUGCUAUGGAGCCCAUCGCUGCUGAUGAGAUGGUGAUCGAGUAUGUGGGACAGAACAUCAGACAGAUGGUGGCAGACAAUCGAGAGAAGCGCUACGCCCAGCAGGGCAUUGGAAGCAGCUACCUGUUCAGAGUGGAUCAUGACACCAUCAUCGACGCAACGAAAUGCGGCAACCUGGCGCGCUUCAUAAACCACUGCUGCACUCCUAAUUGCUACGCCAAGGUGAUCACCAUCGAGUCCCAGAAGAAGAUUGUGAUCUACUCUAAGCAGGCCAUUGGCGUCAACGAAGAGAUUACUUACGACUACAAAUUCCCCUUGGAGGAAAACAAGAUCCCCUGCUUGUGUGGAACUGAGAACUGCCGUGGGACCCUCAACUAAAAGCGAUAGCAUUCAUCACUUGCACUCUUGCACCAAUAGGAUGGCAGCAUUUCCACUGAGCCCUCCCCCCCUCCCCACCCAAGGUUUCCAAACAUCAAUCCAGACAACUCAUCACCACCACGUCAUCCUGCCGCCUGUCUUUAUUGUAGGAAAACGGACACAAACUCAUUUGCACUGUUCUCACCCAUUCGAUAUCCUGGCAGUUGGAUGGGUCCGUUGUGUGAGGCUUUCGACAGCAUGGAGAGCUUGUAUUUGUUCUAGGAUGUAGGGUUAGAGAAACUCAUUCAAGACACCUUUUUCUUUUUUUCCAUGCCAACCGCCUUCCCCACAAGAGAAUGCAGCCUACCAACAAUAGCAUAGUGUCGACUUUGCCGGUGUCAACCAGCUGCCCAAACAGAUCCGCACACAGACGCACAGUAUAACAAACAGAUUCAGGGUUUUUAAGGCGCUCGUUCAAAGCGCAGUUUUAGUUAACACACUCUGAUCCAUUCGGGACUUCAGUUAUGCAAGAUUUCCAAAAAUGAAUAUCAUUAACCUUUUUCAUUUUAUAGUAUUAUAUAUUAUUAUAAUUGUUGUUCUUGUUAUUUAGUUGUGUUAGCUGUAAGUAUCUUACAGUAAAGUGAAGUGUGCUCGCCGUCAUCAGUGGCUUUGUGAUUCACCAACCCCUACUGCGUCCUCCGUCAUGUGACUCCCCCUCUCGCCAGCUUCUGAUUGGAUGAGAGGCCAAAGACCUUUGAGCGUUUGUUUUUCAGACCAAUGCUACAUUUGGGCAAAUUAUUUGGUGUCACGUUCUACCAUGAGCACCGGGUGUUAGUGUUCAGAACUCACGCAGUUUGGAAGUUAUUUUACGUUCUCCUUCCCCUCUUGAUGUUCUGUAAUGAGCCUUGUUUUAUCCGAUAGGUCAGCAAAGAGUGGCUGUUUUUAUAGGACCAAGGUAACUAAAGUUCACCUGCCCCCUUGUCACAAAAAGUGUGCAUGUUUAUUUUUUUAACCCCAUGGUAUGAAUGUGCUCUGUACACUUGUGUUCUUGGUUCAACCAGCAAAUUAUGUUUGUGCUUCAUUGGAAAUACAUGGUCGAGACUUUUUCUAUAAAAUGGCUGUUCAUUUGAUUAUCCUUCAACUUUUUUUUAUGGGAUAUCCAACAACUUUCGAAACAUGCCUCCCCUGUACCACUGAAUUCAAUACAUGUGAGUUAAUCCAGUUUGUCACUGUAUAUCCUGCAUGUUUUUAAGGCUUAUUUAUUUGUAUAGAUCAGGUUUAAUAAGUAGUUUGUAUUUUUAGGCUCAUUUUAGUCUACCUAUCACCCCCCCGCCCCUCCCCCAAAGUAUUUCAGAAAUCUAUCGGCCGUUGUAUUUAAAGACAAAUCAACAAGAAACACGGGAAUUUGUGAUGUUGAGCUCAGCCCAUCCAAUCAACUACUUUAUAUGAUGAACUUCAUAAGCUUAACUGUUUCCCUUACUGGCGGCUUCCUUAGUGUGUGUGUGUGUCUGUGUGCGUGGCUGGUAGCCAGGCGUCUGGAUCAACAAUGGAUCGGUUAGUGUGGCCAUUUUUCUCUGUGUCUUGUUCUUGGUCUCCAGCAUUCGGACAUCCCAAGGAUUAUCUUUGAUUUUUUAUUUGUCACGUUGUGUUCUGUUCCCGACGCAACAGGAAACUGUAAGAUAAUUCUUCUUGCAACUCAUGCCUUUCAGUACAAACCAACCCUCUUAACUAUAAGGCAGGAAUACGGAAAGAAAAAAGUUCAAAGAAAUUAAUGUAUAUAUUGUAGUAGUGUUUGUUUCUCGUAGAAACACACUGGUUCCAAUCUGUAAAUAAGUUGUUCAUUUCCUUUUCCCCAAGAGGAGGAAAACUGUACAUACUUUCCCUUCAGUAACUUUUUUUAUUAUUGUUUUUCCUUCAUUUGAUGAUUUAUUAUUUUAAUAUUAUUUGCAAUAUUUCUCUUGUAUUAAUGCGUUGGACCCUUUAUUAAUGGUGCAUUAAAAUAUUUUUUAAAUAA